UAAAGUCAUCUAUGCAUAGUGACUGCUUUGUGCUGUGCUUUGUUAGUCUGGAUUAAUGCAUGAGAAGCUAAUUUGAAUUAAUUUCUGAGGUUUAUUUCAUAAACGAUGUUCCUGAUCAGACACUUCAACAUCAUUAUAUCUGUCAUGGUAUUAAGUAUAGUAUCUUGUCAGCUAACACUUGACUCUCCACCUGUAUGCAGAGUGAUAUCAGAAAUAUCUGGAGCACCUGGAAAAGCUGGCCAAAAAGGAGAACCAGGAGAACGAGGUCUGAGAGGACCACAGGGACCUGUAGGAAAAGCAGGACCUCCAGGAGAAAAGGGCAGUCCUGGUCCACAUGGUCCAAAGGGAGGUAGAGGAGAAAAAGGUGAUGCAUGUGACAUGCAGUACGUGAAUAACUUAGAAAAGAAGCUUACUGAUCUGGAGAAAAUUGUGGCGCUGAAUCAUAAAGUAUUGCAGUUACGUGGUGUUGUAACAACUGACAGAAAAUAUUUUAUUUCUGCUGGAAUGACUGCAGACUUUGAUGAAGCUAAGAAACAAUGUUCAGACAUUGGUGGCCAGCUUGCGACUCCAAAGACGGAACAAGAAAACAGCGCUAUACUUCAAUUUGUCAGGAAGUAUAAUUUAAAGGCUUAUAUUGGGAUAAGUGGAACACAGCAAAGCAAAAGAUUUGAAUACCUAGAUGGGCAGGAAUUAACACCUUCUGACUACAAAAACUCCUUUGUUGUGAAACUGGCAUUUUUCACUCGAAUUACAAGCAAGUGCUUGGAGAUGUGGAAUAAAGACAAUGGAGAGUGGGCCAAUGUAGAAUGCUCUCAAAAAAAUCUUGUGGUAUGUGAGUUAAACCAAUGAGUUUUACAUAGUGUACCUAACAAUGAUUUUAUUUCUAAGCAUCCUUAUUGUUUAAAUUACAUGCAUUAUCAAAUGCUUGCUGCAUCUACUUCCUUUUGAGAAUAAAAUAAAAACUGAAAGUCUAAAAA